CACAACAUUCUCUUCCCCUGUAUCUUUCACACACUUCUCUGCUUGCAAAACUAAAACAAGUUGACUGACAAUGGAGGGUGCUGAGCCAACAACUAGGAAGAGAACAGGGCGAGAUGGGACUCAGGAGGCAGACCCCAGGGUGCUGAUGUCCAGCAAGCCUCUGCAUCGCUUUGUCCAGAAAGAGCCCAGAAGCCUUGGGAUUGUCAUUUUGAUCUUUGGCUGUACAGAGCUCAUGAUGGGAUUUCAGCUGGCCAGUGAAAGUUUGUUAAACUCCUCUGGAAUCUACAUCCCCUUCUGGCAGGGAUUUCUGUUUCUUGUCUGUGGCAUCCUGUCCAUCUACACUGAGAUACAUCCAUCCAAGAAAAUGGUGACUGUGUGUUUGGCCAUGUAUGUGGUUUCCCUCUUGGGAAUAGUAGUCUCUAUUUGCUACAGGGCACACUGUUUUGCCCAUUAUAGCUUCAUUAGUCACAUCGCAGGGUACUCAAUGGAGGAGAAAUGGGCCUACAACAGAUUGGAACAGCUUGUCGGUGUUGAGGGCUUACUGGUCAUUUCCUCUGUGUGUGUGUCAGGGCUUCUCAUCUUCUUGUGUACCAUCGCACGUUUGGCACUGAAAUCCACACACACUCAGGUUAUUGUCCAGUGCAUCCCUGCACCACCAGAGAGUGACACAACAUCAAACUAAGAGCAAUCUUUUCAGCUCUUAUUCUACAAUAACUAACACUUGUUUUACUGCAGUUCACCUAUCCUGUGAAAGAAACAUAACAACAGAGUUUGUAAAACACUAUAUUACAUGUGAAUGCUACACCACCUCGUGGCAGUGGCCCUACAGCCAGCUUUUUUAGUUACUUACAUCUACACUAAGCUUCACUGUAAAUUAGUCCUGAAUGAAGAAAUGCAUUACUGAACCACAUUUGUUUGCUUUUUGUAAAGCUUGUUUGGGAACGAAAAUGAUUUCUGUUUUCUCAUGUGAGAUAAAUAUUUUACAUGCACUUACUAAGGGAAACCACUAUUGUCUCUAGCAAGGCUUAUGUGUACUUACUGUAUGGGUCAAGGUAAACACUUACCUUACAUUAUUGUAUUACAUUAUUACAUUAUUCACAGUGCACAUUAGACUUUGAAUUAAAGCAUCAAGGCUAGCAGGUCUCACACAAUGUUAGAUCACCUAAGACCAUGUUUCCAUAUUUACAUUAAAAUAAAUUAGAAGUACAUUUAGCGUCGGCACCACAGUCCCCCAGCCCACACUGUUUAAUUCAAACAUACCCCAUCAGGUAUUUGGAAUUUCAAUGAAAUAUUGUGGACACCAUCUGUACACCUUUAAUAUUUGUGUUGUCCACACUUCUGAUCAUCUGCAUUAUUAUUACAGUAUGUGCAGUGUCUGGGCCAAGCUCAGAGUGAAAUUGUAGAUGCAGAUGAAUUGGUAAGAUAAAUAUAAUAAUCUAUUUGGCAUAUUCUUAUCUUAGUUGUUGACUUGAUGUAUAUGUUUAUAUAGUUCAUCAUGUUCAUUCACAUGACUGUGAUGUGAAGUUGUUCUUCUGUUGCCAUCUUUUGCCUGUGAAUGUGUGAAAAAUAGAUAUAGGUAGGCAGGGACUGCUUUUCAAAGAUCUAGCUUAGCUUUUAGCUAUAUUUUGUGCAAUCAAUGUGAUGUAUGUUGUCUUUGUUAAAUAAACAAUUUUUUAAAAAAUAAAACGAUGCUCAGAUUGAUAGUCAUGUAAAUAACCCACGCA